AUGUCUGAGGAGCUUGGAUGUGCACAGAACCCAGAUGGAACACUCAAGGAUGCUAAUAUCCAUGCUUCCACUGGUAUUCAUCCACAAACAAGUACAGUCAAUGAUACAUCUCUACCAAAGGAUCCUGCCCAUGGCAAAGCACCAAAGUUGAAGCAUCAAAAGCUAUGCAGAGGCUGUCCAAUUGCUUUCAAAGCUCAAUGUGCUCUUUCAGAGUAA